GAGCCGGAAAAGUGGAGUAGGCCGAUCAUUGGCGAACGGGGAGGACACAUAAUUACAGUCGUACUUCGACAAGUAUAAAUUACGCUUUUUAGAUAUACGCUACAACGCGAUUGCUUUCCCCUUAGUCUGAGGCACUUUUUAAUGUUUUUGUAAUGCUGUCUGACGUAAUGGCUUCUUGUGACGACGUGCGGGAAAAUGUAAAGAAGUACUAUGGCAGCCGACUGGAGUCCUCUGGUGAUCUCCAAACAAGUGCGGCCUCCUGCAGUCUCCCUUGCCGCCCACCGCCAAGAAGUGUCAUGGAUGCACUCAGCCUGGUUCACCCAGAGGUAACAAAAAAAUUCUUUGGCUGCGGCCUUUCCUUCCCAGCGAAGCUGGAGGGCUGCAGAGUCCUGGACCUCGGCAGCGGCUCCGGCAGAGACUGUUACGCCUUCAGUAAACUCGUUGGGCCGGACGGACACGUGACUGGGGUCGACAUGACUGAGGAGCUGAUCACGGCGUCUCGUCAGUACAUUGAGUACCACCAGAAGAAGUUUGACUAUGAGAAGCCCAACAUCGAAUUUGUCCAGGGGUACAUGGAGAAGCUCGGUGACGCUGGCAUACGGAGCGACUCGGUGGAUGUAGUGCUAUCCAACUGUGUAAUCUGUUUGUGUCCUGAUAAAAGAGCAGUGCUACAGCAAGCUUACAACGUCCUGAAGGAGGGAGGUGAGCUCUACUUCAGUGACAUGUAUGCCAGCAAAGUCGUACCCGAUCACAUGAGGGAUGAUCCAGUCCUGUGGGGAGAGGGAAUGGGUGGUUCUCUGUUUUGGAAGGAUCUCAUUUCGUUGGCGCACAGCGUCGGUUUCGGCACUCCACAUCUUGUUUCAGCCAGUCACAUUGAAAUCUACAACAGUGAGCUCAAAGAAAAAGCAGGCGAUGUCAGCUUUGCUUCGGGCACUUAUCGGCUUUUCAAGCUGCCCAAAAGUCCAGCCGUGUCUGAGGCGACCGUGACUUAUAAAGGAACUGUGGGAGAUUUCCCCGAUCAGCUGGACUUUGAUUCCUCCCACUGUUUCAAGAAAGACGUGGCAGUGGCGGUGAAUGGAGAGAUGGCAGCAAUCCUCCAGAGAUCUCGUUUCUCCCCAGAUUUCAAAAUCCAGGUAUCGGAUCAACAGUCCGACUCAGAGGCAACAACACAGUAUUGCCAUCUCAACCCAUUUCUGCUGGCCGACAAACUGGGAUCCUCAGUGAAACAAUGCUCCAAAACCAGCAAAUAAAGACGCAGCUGAAUCCGAAAUAACAUCGUAACACACAAUGUUAGAGUUUGAUUAGUUGAUUUUAUUUGUUCAUAACAUUGUAAAAUAAACAUGUUACGUCUUAUGCUGAAUAUUUGUCAAUGUGUUGUUUUACAAGAUAAUCCUGUCAAAUUAAAAUACGUGCUAAAACAAAA